GCAGCUCCUAUUGUUGUUGUUUCUGGACUUGGAACCGCCUUAGAUCCAACAAUCUGUAGACAGCGCUUGCUAGAUCGAACUGGGUGUCAGAGCAGUUGAGUCUCGUCGCAUUUCUGCAUCCGGAGGCUUUUGCAGCAUCGAUUUUGGUGAUGUGAGGGCGGAGUUCGAGGUGUGGGGACGAUGAGCCGGAACGAGAGGCUAUGGCUGUGCCUGGGGUUGUUGGCGUUGCUCGCAGUGGAAGGAUUGAGUGUUGCGAUGGCAGGACCGAGGGUUCACAUUCCUGACGAGCUUGACGAUGUGGAAGAUAACGAAGAGGAUGAGGAGUGGAAGGAAUGGGGUAAGGCUAAGGAGUCGCCCGUGCCGUUUGAUCCCCCUCCGGAUCCGCCCGAAGAUCCUCAGGAGCUCGAGAAGUAUCAGCUGGAAAUGAUGAAGCGCCAGACAGGCCCGUCCAUGGGUUUCGUCAAGCUUCGUCUCGGCGUGCAGCGAAGUCCGGAAGAAACUACUCGGAUCGCGGAGAAGUGGACCGAUUUGUUGAAAACAGGCUCAAUCAACGCAAAGAUCUAUGCCGUGGACCGAAGCACAAUCAUGUUCAUUCUUAGCUACGGACAAGACACCACAGAGGUGAAGGAUUUUGUGUUGAGCCAAGACGAGGCUUACGAGUUUAAGCUUGGGAAUUCUGCAUUCAGACGGCCUGGAGAUCCUCCUGUAGAGGAAGUUUUAGACAAAAUGCACGCAGAAAAGAAAGCCCAAGAAAAGGCAUCCAAGAAAAAAGAACCCAAGAAGGUAGAGGCUAAGUCAGAAGACGCAUCUAUCAAAGAGGAACUUUGAAUAGACGUAUCUUGCUGCUAUGACGUAGUGUAUUUUAGUGUAUUGCCUCAGUCUCCGAGGUAUGUUUUUUACUCUACAGAAUUCUGUCGUAGCAAUCUGUGUAUUGAAUUUGCCUUAGCUUAAUCAAGCUGCUCCUAACCCCAGCACCAUCUGUGAGGGCGGAGCAUGAACCCCAGCUCA